GUGACUAGCGGUUUGGAAGACUUGCUGAGAACCUGCUGCUGCUUUUCUAUCGAGACUGCAGUUGUUGCUCCGCGAGCGAUAGAGACGCUCUGUCUUUCCUUGAAAUACGACUGUUGAGCGAAAUUAGGCUACUUCCAUGUCAAAAACGAAAUGCUACCUUUCAAUUUGAUUAGAUAACAGGAACGAAUUGACAAGUAAAAAGUACAUUGACUCACGGUAAUAACCUUUGACACUUGGAACAGUGUCAAACGAGAAGUGAGAAGAGCUAACGACCUCCCCUAUCCCCCUCUCUCUACGACUUUUACCUCCCCUGAGAUGAGUGCCAAGUCAGCCAUCAACAAAGAGGUGUUCACACCCCACGAUGAGAAGAUGCUGGUGGCUGUGCAGGUGAAAAGGAGGACCAAGAAGAAGAUCCCCUUCCUGGCUACUGGAGGACAGGGAGACUACAUGACCUUCAUCUGCCUCUCAGUGACGAAUAAAAAGCCGUCCCAUGUGUCCAUCACCAAGGUGAAGCAGUUCCAGGGCUCCUUGUCCUUCAGUAAGAGGUCAAUGUGGACCAUCGACCAGCUGAGACAGGUCAACGGCUGUGACCCCAACCGAGACUGUCCGGAGUUUGACUUAGCGUUCGACAAUGCCUUUGACCAGUGGGUGGCUGGUUCGGCCGGCGAGAAGUGCACCUUUAUCCAGAUCCUCCACCACACCUGCCAGCGCUACAGCUCUCAGAGCAAGCCAGAGUUUGUCAACUGUCAGCCCAAACUGCUGGGAGACGAUGAAACUGUAGAUUCAGUCGUUUUCCGUUGCAAGGUCUUUUUGAACAGAAUGAGGAAAGAAGUUGUUAUAAACGGUCGACGGCAAGGUCGGCAUCUACUUUUACAAGGUAACAGUAUACUCCACUCGGCAGCAGACAGUGUGACCAGCGCUGUACAGAAGGCCAGCCAGGCGCUGAACGAGCGAGGGGAGCGCUUGGGCAGGGCUGAGGAGAAAACAGGGGAGAUGAAGAACAGUGCUGAGCAGUUCGCCGUCACUGCACACAAGCUGGCCAUGAAGCAUAAAUGUUAAACUUUGAGGAGAGGGGUCCACCAAGCGUGCCAGACGCCAUAGGGCAGGUGUCAGAUUGUAUUAUUUGUAUUUCUUGUAACGAAGGUAACAUUUAUUUGUUUCUAACGAAGAUCUGAUGAUGAGGAGGGGGGAGAGAAAGAGGGAUGGAACACAGAUGAGACAGUUGAGAGCAAAUGUUUCACGGCUAACUCUUCUUUUACUCCCUCCAUUGCUCCCAAAGUACUCCUUGACCUUACUGUGACAAACCAUGGAAAUGACUGACUAUGGUCACUGCCCUCCCCACCCCAACACACACACACACACCACCGUCCAAAUCCCCCUAAAAGGAACAGGUCUUCAACUCCCUCAAAGAAGUGACUUUACAUACGGUGCUGGAAGAGGAGAAUAUAACUGCAGCAGAGUGUAUGACAUGACACAUGCAUUUCAUAUGAUGGCUAUUUUACUGUACAGAGUCAGCAAUGUACACCCCAGUAUGUGAACAUCAACUUGUCUAAAGGAGAUGAGCUCUUCACUCUCUUUUGUCGUUUGACUAUUUGGCAUCAUAUUGUUUUGAAAAGCUCAUUGGUGCAUACAUUCAUUUCAGAUGUAAUAUUAGCCAAAUGUGUGGAGGACAUUCAUGUGGCUUCUAAAAACUACUGCUGCAAGCUUACAUUUCAACCAAUAUGGUAUGUUUUCCAAGUUUAAUAUUCUGCAAAACAGUCUGUGAGCUAUUCAUUAAAGUGACCCAGGGUUCAGGUGCAUGGUCUACCAAAAUACACUUUCAUUAUAAAAGGUUGAAUAAAACCCACACAGAAAAAACAAGUAUUUAGGCUUCAAUGUUGGUAUUUCUUAGGUGUUAUUGAAGCACUUGGCUGUAUGGACGAGAUCAGACGGUUUAUUGUAAGGUAAGAGACUACAGUAUCAUUGUAAAUUAGCUAGUGUAACAAGCUUAUAAGACUGUAAUCAGAUCAUUCUACCACCAUUUGCAAUGUAAUUGGUGUCGAAUCAUCCCUGUAAAUAUCAUUUGGAUUGUAACCCUUUCAACUCCAACCUUGGUCACAUCUUGUACUUAUAGUUUAACUUGUGUUUAUAUAAAGUUUUUUGUUCUGAUAUGUAAAACAGCAUAUUGACACAUCAUCACUUGCAGCAUUGUACAAUAUUGGUCUGCAUUCACUGUGUAACCGUGGCUUCCUUACAAGCAAUUUGAAGCAACUAAACCCCCCGCAGUGUGGAUAUGUCUUGUUUAUUACGCUUAUAUUUUGGAUUUGUCCAACCGUCAUAAUGCACUGACAACCUUACCUUGCAGCGAGCACCGUUAAGUUCUUACUGAAAUUCUAGUUGACUUAAAUUCUAAUCCGCUUCAUCCUUACAUUUUGGAUGUUCAUUGUUUUAAUAAAAAAAUAUUGAAAGUAA